UCUCGAGUACAAAAGCUUUCAAAUGUGCUUCAAAGUUUAAGCUCCUUUAUCCCUCCACAGACCUUUCAUCUAAUUCUUGAAACUAUAAUUUUAACGCCACCUUCAUCAUUCCAUGAUCAAUUCAAGAAUCAAACAAGCUAGCACAAUUCCCUCAAAACUUAAAAUUCACAACCUUGCACAAUUCAGAACCAAAUUUUUUCAAUCCCAACCAUACUACAGUCAUCAUCGUUCUCAUAAACCCACCUCAAAAUCCUCACCUGAAAGGCCUCAUAAGCCUACAAAAAACCUUUUUCGCAAGCCAAUACCACUACUUUCUGACCUCAAACAAAUCCAAGAUCCUGAUGAAGCUAUUUCACUGUUCCAUGAUUACCAGCAAACCGGGUUCAAACAUGACUACCCUACUUAUUCUUGUCUUAUUUAUAAGCUCGCUAAGUCUCGAGACUUUGAAGCUGUUGAAACCCUUCUUGGGUAUUUAAAAACAUAUUAUAUUCGAUGUCAAGAAAAGAUUUUUAUUGGAUUAAUUCAGCAUUACGGGAAAGCCCAGUUGGUUGAUAAAGCUAUUGAGCUUUUUCACAACAUGGGGUCAUUUAAUUGUACGCGUAGUGUACAGUCUUUUAAUGCACUUUUAAAUGUGCUUGUUGAAAAUGGGCGUUUUGAUGAUGCAAAUGAGAUGUUAAGGAAUUGUUCGAAAAUGAGUAUUUGGUUGAAUGCUGUUUCGUUUAACAUCAUUAUUAAGAUGUGGUUGGAGAAGGGUGACUGGGAAAUGGCACGCCAAGUGUUUGAUGGUAUGCUUGAAAGAGAAAUUGAGCCGACUGUGGUGACUUACAAUUGUCAAAUUGGAUUUUUGUGUAAGAAGGGGGAUGUUGAAGGUGCUAAAAGUUUGUUUCAGGAUAUGGUUAGAAAGGGAAAGAAGCCAAAUGCAGUUUCUUAUGCUUUGUUGAUGGAAGGUUUGAGUUCUUUGGGUAAGUACAAAGACGCCAAGAAGUUAAUGUUUGAUAUGGAAUACCAAGGAUGUAAGCUAAAAAUAGUUAAUUAUGGUGUUUUGAUGACUGAUCUUUUAAAACGAGGCGAAAUUGGUGAAGCAAAUAGUUUACUCGUGGAGAUGAAAAAGAGGCACAUUAAGCCCGAUGUUGUGAUCUAUAACAUGUUAAUCAAUUAUUUCUGUAAGGAAGGUAAAACUGCUGAAGCGUAUAGGAUGUUAGUUGAUAUGCAAAUUGCAGGUUGCAAUCCUAACGCAGCUACAUACAGGAUGGUGGUUGAUGGAUUUUGUAAAACAGGAGAAUUUGAGGAAGGUUUGAAGGUUUUGAAUGCAAUGUUGAUAAGCGGGCAUUUUCCGCGUAUGGAAACAGUAAGGUGUAUGAUUCUUGGCCUGCUCGAUAAAGAGAAGGUUGAAGAUGCUUGCUUUGUUUUGGAGGAAAUGGAGAAAAGGAAGAAAAGGUUUGACUUUGAGUCAUGGGAAGCCAUAGUCAAGGAUGCUUGCAGCAAUAGUAUUGUUGUAUAUAGGCUCGUAGAUGAGCUUGUAUUUUAGCCAUUGGACUUGUAUGCUAUUACUUCGGAAAAUCUGUGAAAUUGAUCGUGCCCAGAUCUGUUUUGUGCUCGUCUUGAUGCUAUCUCAGAUGUCCUGUUGGAAAGAGCUAUUGAGCAACCCUACUAAUUGCAUAAUAAUUCCCUUCCCCUUGCUUGCUUGUAGUCAGUUCCAGUGGCAUGAUAUUUUACUUGGUUUGUGGAGCUGGGCAUGCUUGAUUGGAGCAUUUGGUGUCUCCGGCUAAACCUCAAUAAUUAUUGUUGGCUCUUAUAAAAAGGAGUAUGUAAUUUCACCCCUUUUAAGAUGGAGUAGUAGAAAAGAAUACCAUAUACUUUUACCCCCAAAAGAAAUACUAUAAUAGUUUCUACUAUUUCGAAGCGGGAGUAAAGGGCCUCUUCGUCGUCCUGCUUGCCACUCGAAGGCAAUUUAAUAAUUAAUGCCUGACAUAUUAGGAGUUACUGUUAGUGCUUUGUAAUAUUAGUGUAUCUACUUUGUUUUACUGCAUAGAUUGUUAUUUUAUUUCCACCAUUUAAGGAGUUUGUUAUUUUAUUUUUCUUUCUUUCUGGUCUGUUAACUAGGCCUCUAUAACUUGUUUGUGUAUAUAUCAUCAGCUCAUCAUCAUUUAAUAAAAUCAUCUUUUUUGUUUCA